AUGUCAGAUAAUUCUCACCACUACGAUGUCAUUGCUCGUGAUCCCAUCAGUGAAACGGGAGGGGCUUCGGCCCUUUCCCACACGACUGGUGCCGCCUCCGCCUCCACGGUGGAUGUUGUCAGUCCAUCUAUCGGACCAACAUCAACUAGUCGGCCUGAGGAUGAUCCCUGCAUGGUAAAAAAAGAAUAUGCAGUAAUAAUUAAUAUAUUUAUUUAUUUAUUCUGUU